AUGGAAGACAGUCAGUAUGUGGCUAUGGAACGUCAAAGUCCUCACUCUGAUAGCCUCUCGGGACUUCAUACAGCUUGGAUGGAUGAUGAACAGCUUAAUAGUUUGGUCAUCAUGGAUGUUUACUCCGAUGCCUUGUCGCCCAGAGCCUCGAGUAGUAGUCAAGACUGUAUCAAUAUGGUAAAAAGCGGUGAGAAAUCGACUGCAAUUGAUUCAGUGCUUUCGACGGAGUUCGGAGACUAUGACUCUCAUCUAUUGGAUGCAGCACUUGAUCUUCCCAUGGAUACGGAACUUUCACCUAUUCUAGAGUCUUUUGCAGAAACUGCAGUGGCUAUGAAUCCAAUCAAGGUACGACAAAGAUACUUGAAGAGUCCUAAGUCACGUAGGACGACCGGUUCUGCGAUGACAAGAACAACUACAGUGACGACGACACCACGACGGGCUAGAAAGAUGGAGAGUAACGAGACUAGAGAACAAGCCGCACUGGUUGGUGCCACGAAGCGACCUAGAACGAGAAGUUCGUUGUGGCAAGAACAAGAGCAGAGCACUUUUUACGCCUUAUUCAAGGUCAAAUGGCCGCCCAUACCAGAAGGCAAGCCGUUGCCUCCAUUUAGCUCGCUAUUGCUGCAACGAUUUGAUGUUAUUAGCACGAAGAUUCGGACCAAGAGUGUAAUGGAGGUGAGACAGUUCUACACGACAGUAAUGCAGAAUAUUUAUGAGAUGCUGGCAGUUGUGGACAACGAUGUUGACUUGACAAAUCCGGACCAAGUGCGCAUAGCUGUGUGGUGCUGGAGCAAACUUAUGGCUGACAAAAAGCACCGUGAACAAUUUCAAAGCUUUAGUUCGAAGCCUGCGUCAGCGAAGGUCAAACUAGCCAAUGUGUUGCUGCAGUCCAUUAUUCGUAGUCGCCGUCAAAUGCUCAAAGCAAAGUCGGAAAAGUCGACACUAAGUAGCAACGCCCUAGCACCAGGUCUGACUUCCAUCUCGGCGUGGGUAUCAAGGUCAAACCUUAGCUCUUUUUUUAGUAAAAAGGACGUUCCGUGUUUAGAGGUCUCAACAGCCAAGAUUCAUCACCCCAUGGUGCGGAAGAAACAUUUUGCUUUGCACCGCGAGGUCGCGGAAGCGUCUUCUGCUAGUGCCGUCUCGGUGUACGAGAAUGCGAAAAAGGUGUUGUCUUUGCCAGCUUUGCAACACAUCCGCGGUGAAUCACCAAGAGGAGCAACACUGAAACGCACGCGCAGCGUGUUCCAGGACCGUUGCCUCUCUGUGAAGAGCCGCCGACCUGAAAUUGGAGCUGCAUCUUUAUCAAGCCCACCUCAAAUGAAAAAGAGUUCUCGAUUGUGUACGCGAAAUGGCGCUGUGUUUCAUACACCGCAGCACUCGUCGCGAAGAAAGGUUUGUAUCAAGAUGCGCAUGGUUCCUCGGGACAAGCGAACCAAGAUAGACUUGGUGCGUUGCGGCUGCAGGCCAAAGGUGGAGCUGAAAUUGUCGUCGACGAAGAAGAUUUCAGAAAUUACGGAGCAUAUGAGCAGGAAGUGGGCCAAAGUACGUCCUCUUUUGCCGAAGGAGGCAGUAUUGUGCUUUUUUCAGAAAAGCGGCACUUACAAGUGGUCUAAAGAAGGCUCAAACGUGACCUGUUUUGACAUCUGGAAACUAUCUGGAAAACAAAUCAACGGUGAAAAAGUGGUUGAUGUAUCUUACGUGUGGCUGGUGCCGGAGAAAAUGAGCAUUUUUACUGAUAACGAAUAUGUUCAAGCGCAAAAUUCAAUGUGCUUGCCGACGCCGUCCGGACUUUGCUCAAAGGAAAUGUGUUCUUCAGCCAAGCAAUUGCCAAGCAGCAGUGAAGAAAAUGAGGCCAGACAGUUACUUUCUACCCGUGACUUACAAGAAAUAAGCGAGGAAGUUGCAUUUGAUCCUAGCAUUACCGCAGGAACCGAGGAAGCAUUUGCUUUUGAAGUAGUAAAUAGCGACAGGUGUCCAGAUCUUUGUGAGAAGUUUAGCGUGGCAACAGGUCGUCUGCGACGGCGCAUUAAGCCGGUGCUAGUUUCAAAAGAAGAGUUCAAUAUCUAA